AUGACGAGCAUAUAUUGGGUAUUCUUAACUUUUUAUUUCUUCCUUGGAGUGAUUGCAGAAGACAGCACCUCUAAGAAAUCUUUGGAUUCUUUAGUUUUUGUCAGUUGUGUGGACGGCCAAAAAAAAGAUGAGUUGGAUAACUAUGUAAGUCAGGAAUACUGGAAAACCAUUAAAUCAGACAAUCCAGAUGCUUUAUUUUGGAUGGGAGACUCUGUAUAUACUAAAUGUGGCUCUCCAGUAUGCGUUAGUAAAGGUUACUUGGUCCAGAGCAAUAAUGAGUUUUAUAGAGAUCUUUUAAAAACUGGCUUAUUUGUGGAUGGCACUUGGGAUGAUCAUGAUUAUGGUGUUAAUGAUGGUGGAAAAGAGGUCCUUUUUAAGGAUGUAAGUCAGCAAUUGUUUUUGGACUUUAUUUCAGUUCCUGUGGAUUCUCCGAGAAGAAAUAGGAAAGGGGUUUAUUCUUCUCACACUUUUGGUCCUCCUGGGAAGCAAAUUAAGGUGAUUAUUUUAGAUACAAGGUAUCAUAGAGAUAGGAAUUAUGUUCACGAAAAGUAUGGGAUUUCAUCUUUUGCUUAUUUGGAUACUCCUCUUACCAGUAUUUUUGCUGCAUCUCUUCGUUUCUUUGCUUCAGUUUUUGGUUAUGGUCACGCAUAUGAAGGAGAUAUGUUGGGUGAAGACCAGUGGAAAUGGCUAGAGAAGGAGCUCAGUAACUCUAAGGCACUUGCUAAUAUUAUUAUUUCAUCUGUUCAGGUUACCACACUGUAUCCAGUUGUGGAAAGCUGGGGCCAUUUUCCAAACUCAAGAAAAAGAUUACUAUCUCUUAUUGGAAAGACAAAACCAAGAGGACUCUUAUUUUUAUCAGGGGACGUUCAUUGGGGUCAGAUUUUUGAGUCUAACGACUCUCAGAAGUCUUUGGUUGAGAUUACUUCGAGUGGAAUGACACAUAGUGUAAGUAACCGAAUUUUGGAUAGUUUUGUCAUUUCUGUAACUCUACCAAUCUUUACGGGUUGGUCUUUGAGUAAUAAGUCUCCAAACUACUAUACAAAAGAAAACUACGGAAAGUUGGAUUUCGAGUAUAUAUGCCCAGAAGCUCAGCAAGGAAAAGAAAACCUUGUAGAGUGUUCAGGAAUCAUAGUUAAGGCCUCUAUUAAGGAUUUGAAUGGGAAUAUUAAACUUUUUAAGAAAUUUAAAUUUGAUAAUGAGAGUAAUGAAAACCAUCUUGAGGCACUUUCUAAAAUCCCACAGAUGAUUACUGAAAAAUCAAUCAAACAAAUAUUUGGUAGAAUCUGCAUCAUAUUUGUCACAAUCAUUUGGGGUAUUCAAAUUGUGAUAGUUUUCGCAUAUUUAAUAUUACGCAUAAUUACAUCAUUUACGAGAUUUUCUAAGAAGAAAAAGGAAGAUUAG